GGCCCUGCCCACCUGGCAAUGCCUCUCCAGACUGGAGAUGUUUACAUAAAGAGUUAAGAAGUGAGCUCGCAUAACCAAAGAGCUGUUCUCUAAGUCUGUGAUGUUUUCCGGUCUGAGGAGCUGGGACAGGUGAUCACAUGAUCGUGUGGGGACUUUGCACUGGAGUUUACGGAAAGAGAAGAGGCCUGCUUCUGCGCAGGCUGGGGCCUUGGUAGAACAGGGGGCCUGCCCACUUCCUUUGCUGGGCUGCUGGUGGUCAGUGUGCACGGCUCCUCCCGCCCUGCCCCUGGCAGGACUCUGACCACUCAUCCAGCACCCAGGAGAAGCCUAGCCAGGGGAAGAAAGGGGAGCCAGCGGCCCUGUGGGAUGAUGGUCUGUGGAACUUUUUCAAAGUGAACAGGUGGAAGAGAGGCAGACUUGUGACUGCUGAAGAAGGGCCAAGUCAGGAUGAGAAAGAGACUCCCAAUGGCAACCUGGCAGCCACUCCCUUCAGAAAGAUCUAGAUUCUAGAGGAGGGGGACAGGCCAUGGCACAGGCUGGCGGGCUGCCACAGGCCAGCCCUUCUUCUGGCCAGCCCUACGUGAGCAAGCUGGUUCUGCUUGGAAGCAGUUCUGUGGGCAAGACCAGCCUGGCCCUCCGGUACAUGAAGCAGGACUUCAGCAACGUCUUGCCAACUGUGGGGUGUGCCUUCUUCACAAAGGUGGUGGACUUGGGUUCCUCGUCUCUGAAGCUUGAGAUCUGGGACACAGCCGGCCAGGAGAAGUACCACAGCGUCUGCCACCUCUACUUCCGGGGUGCUAAUGCUGCGCUCCUGGUUUAUGACAUCACUAGGAAGGAUUCCUUUCACAAGGCCCAGCAGUGGCUGGAGGACCUGGAGAAGGAGUUCCAUCCAGGAGAGGUGGUGGUGAUGCUGGUCGGCAACAAAACGGAUCUCGGCGAGGAGCGGGAAGUGACCUUCCAGGAAGGAAAAGAGUUUGCGGAGAGCAAAAGCCUGCUGUUCAUGGAAUCCUCUGCCAAGCUGAACUACCAGGUAUCCGAGAUCUUCAACACCAUUGCCCAGGAGCUGCUACAGAGAGCAGGAGAUGGGCAGAGCAGCAGCCCACAGGAGGGUGAGGCUGUGGUUCUGAACCAGGGACCUACAGUCAGGCCGCGCCAGUGCUGUGCAUGACAGCCGCUGCCACUGCAGGAGAGCGAGUGGAGGAUAGCUCAGCCUGUGCUUCCGAGGGUCCCCAGCCCAAGCUACAUCUUCAAGAGUCUGCUGGCUCUUUGUCCAUUCAUGUUCUCUGUCGAAGAUGGCUUGUGGGUGAGCUCUGGAGGCUACCAGAAGUUGCUUUCCUUUGUAAUAACCGCUUGCCAAAGCUGAUGGGAACUGUCUCAGGGAGGAUCCAGUGUCAAGUGGCUUCCAGAAGACUGUCAGCCCUACCUUACCAGAUACACAGAUACCUGAAUGCUCUGAGCCAAGUGUGCCUGCCCCGCCUGGGCUGUCCCUUUCAGCUUCUUUACAGCCAUCGCAGAAGAAUUAAAGGAAGCAGAGCGGUGUGGACUGGAACAAUUCUUUGAUCCAUGGAAUAGGACGACAGAUGCUUCAUCCCGGGUCAGCUGGUCCGUAAUGACACCACUUUCGUUCUGGGAACUGUCAGGGGAAGAGAAGGGACAUCAAUGCAAGGAAAAAUGUAGAGAUGAGCCAAGGAAAAAAUGAGCCCAAGGUACUAAGUCUCAGUGAGGUGGCGCUGGAGACAGAGUCUGGAAGGGUGGCUGGGAUGGAUGGUCCUUUCCAUCUGUGGCUGGGCAGAGCCAGGUUUCUCUCUCGUGAUUCGAGGACUCUGAAACCCCUGUCCUGAGAUCAACACCGGGCUGUCUCACCUUCUCUCCAAAUAUUAAAUGUCUUGACAAUCUGA